AUGAAGCUGGAUAGCACACAGGGAGACAUGAGCGGGUGGAGGGAGAUGGACUUUGCCCUCAACUGCACCUACAUUGUGCCGGACCAGGUGUCGGACCCCAGCUUCAGCCUGCCCAAAGCCAUGACCUCCAUCCCACGCAACCUCACCUUCGAAUACAGCACAGACAAUGAGGUGACAGGCGUGUUCAGCAAAGAAUACAUUCCUCAGGGGACCCGCUUUGGCCCCCUGCAAGGAGACAUCUACACCAAAGACAACGUCCCCAAACAGGCCAACAGGAAAUACUUCUGGAGGAUUUACAGCGGUGGGCACCUUCAAAACUUCAUCGAUGGCUAUGACGUCCACAGCAGCAACUGGAUGCGCUACGUCAACCCGGCGCGCUCUCUGGCCGAACAGAACCUGGUGGCCUGCCAGAACAACCGGGACAUCUACUUCUACACCAUCCGACCGGUGGAGCCCAAUCAGGAGCUGCUGGUGUGGUACAGCCAGGAGUUCGCCCAGAGGCUCUGCAGCCAGCAGGCUGAUGUCAAACAGAAACACAUGAGCUCCGAUGAAGACCGCGAGCUGGAGUACGCCAAACAGCACCUACAUCAGCAGACGUGGCUCAAAGAGAGAACGAAGGAGGAGGUGAAGGAAGAGAGGGAUGAGGAGGGAGAGGAGAAGAUAGACGUGGAGAUGCUGGAGAGAGACACUCCACCUGACACGCCCGACGACCAGAUCAUGGACUUCAGCAAAAAGGUUGAGAAGGAGGAGAAGAGCGACAGAGAUCCAGAAGGCCGGGGGGUCAUUCCUUCGCCUCAGCCCGAACACAGAGAGCCCAGCCUGGGCUUGAAUCACCCGUACUUACCAGAUCACCACCCUGCGCUCCCAUCUCCACACCGAAAUCUCCCCCUUCACCUCCACGGCCUCUACGGCCACAGGGAGGGCCUCGUUACAUCCCACCCCCUUUACCCUCAAUCCAGACCCCUCCAGCCCACUUACCACCUCCUUCCUCCCUACGGCCCGCACUAUCCUCGCCUCCUCCUCCCCUCGUACUCCCCUCCCUUCCCAGGGAUGCUGCCCUCGAGGGGAUCCCUCCGAUACAGCGGCUAUCUGGGCACAGACGGACUCCCGUAUCCACCCAUUGGCCAACCUAAUCUACUACCGGUCUCCCUGCCCUACCCUCCGUCUCCAGAGGGCGGCCUGAAAGAACUAACGCCAAAUGUGUCGCCACCGCGAGGCGCCCCAGCCACCCCGGAGCUCUCGCCUCUCCCCAAGCCCAGCAGCCACCAUCAGUCCCCUGAGCAGUCUCCCUCUGGUUGCGAGGAAGCCAUGAAUCUAAGCCUGGCUAUGACCAAACGCAGCACAGCGCCACGCAACGGCCCCGGCCACAAAUCCCUGCCAUACCCACUGAAGAAGCAGAACGGAAAGAUCAAAUAUGAAUGUAACAUCUGCUCCAAGACUUUUGGACAGCUGUCCAACCUCAAGGUCCAUCUCCGAGUGCACAGCGGCGAGCGACCGUUCCAGUGCAACCUUUGUAAGAAGAGUUUCACUCAGCUGGCCCACCUCCAGAAGCAUCACCUGGUCCACACGGGGGAGAAGCCACAUGAAUGUCAGGUGUGUCACAAACGCUUCAGCAGCACCAGCAACUUGAAAACACACCUGCGCCUCCACUCUGGGGAGAAACCUUACCAGUGCAAACUGUGCAACACCAAGUUCACACAGUACAUCCACCUGAAACUGCACCGCCGCCUCCACAGCAGCCGCGACCGCCCCUACCGCUGCCAGCUCUGCACCCUGGCCUUCUUCCACCGCUUCUCCCUUCGCAUCCACCAGCGCAGCUGCUGCCUGGCGAACUCCAGCGCCCCUGCCAGCGUCCACAUGAAGGAGAUGGUGGAGCGCUUCGACGCCAGCCAAGAGGCCGACACGCUCGCCGAGACGGCAUCGGCGCCGCAGGUGGAGGAAGCUGUAGAGCGCUGGCUGGCUCGCACCUUGGAAGGCGAGGGGAAGGAGGACAAGAGGGAGGCCACCAUACUGCUGAAAGCUCUGACGGCGGCUAUUAACGCACCGUCAAUGCCCGUGAGCCAGUCAGCCAUGCCCAUAUCACACCACAGCCCUCCACUGGUCCAUCAGGAGAGGGCCAGCGUUGUUCAUCUCCACAAACGGCCAACAGUGAAGACAGAAGGACAGUGAGAAAAAGGACAAUGCCAUCAACCAAGAGAACAGAUGUCGCCAAAUAAAACUCCCUGUGCUGUCAACGAAGGGCAUAACAGGGGAAGACAAACGCCCAUAAUCCGAUGAGCGCAGCACCAAAAGAAGAGCAUUCCAAAGACUGAGGGUAUUCAGUGAUUGUACUUCCUCCGAGAGCUGGGAGGCUGUUGUUAAGCUGUGAAGUAUUUCAGACUCUUUCCACUCAGGUAGAGAAGUGUUUGCUUUUUUUGUGCUUUAACUUAUUACUUUGUUUUUGAAUUUGACUUGUCCAUAUUUAUUUAGUUGUAUCAUAGUUUGUUUUUUCUGGUAGCGUGUUUUUUUUUUUCAUGUGUGUUGACAUUUCCAGGGAGGUUUUGCUCCUUUAGAGAGACAGAUUGAGGAACAAUGUGUGGACAUGUCUUCACUUGUCAUGUUGUGCAUUGUUUCACUUUGUGUGUUUGAGCUUUUUGGGCGCGCGUGUGCAACAAGUGGAAGUUUUUAUAUUUACAAGAGGGCACAGAGACAGCACAAACUACCUUCCUGCUCCUCAACUGUUUGCAACUAUUUUAUUUAUUUAUAAUACAAAAAAAGGGAAAAAUCAGGUAUCUUGAAACUGUGUGUUUAUGAGCAAUUGCCAAAAUUAUAAGCAAAGAGCAUGAAUGUGUAGCAACGUUUUUGGGUCAUUAUUCAACUCAUUCUGACAUUAGAGGGGAGAAAAGAGGUUCAGACUAAGCAUUAUUCACCUUUUCUCUUGAUUCUUCUCACAGCUGAUUUAGAUUCAGAUUGACCACAGUCUCACAAUGAAAAGGUGGCUUUUAUUAUUUCUUACUGCAAUAUGUUCACGCUGAAAUUUAUCGCUGAGCAACAAAGUGGAUCGCUGUGUGUUUUUUUUACUGGAUUCAGACGUUUCAGGUGUUUCUUGCUUACAAAGCUGGACUGUAAAUAUUUAACUUGAGCUUCAUCCAAAUCAGACAUCCGUACCUCAUAUUCAGCAUUGGACAGCAAAAACGAGCAACACGGGAGCACAAUUUUCUAAGAUUGUUCAUGUUUUUUGCCACUUAGCACUGGAAUAAAAAAAUGCAACUAGAUCUGUGUGCUUUUGGUGUUUCCCAAAACCAGAAGGCGGGAGCGAUUCUUGAAAGUUUCACUCCUGAGCCAGUGAUGUACUUCCUAUUCCAACGUCUAGUUUUGUUUUGUUUUGUUUUUUCUCUUUUGUACAAUAUAUUUGUCUGUGUAGUUUAUUUUUGGAAACAGGUUAUGAGAUGUAAGAAUUUAUACGUGAGAGACUAUUUUGAUGAUACUUUUAUAUUUGCAUGAAGUAGAAUAUUAAAGAUAUUGUUUCUAUA